UAACACUUGUAGGGCUUUGUUUUUUCCCUUCCAUUAUAAGAUUAUGCCAUUUAAUUCAUCCUGGCCCCCUCCAAUGGCAAAACCGAUUUCCUUUCAAAAAUAUUUGUGAGCCACAUUAUCCCUGUCAGAUAAGAGCCAGAAAGGGACUGAGAUAGAAAAGCAAUAAAGGGGAAGCCCUACAGCUCUGCAUUAUUAAUUCAAAACGGACCCACCUGAUUGUAUCUAUUCAGUCAUUGUUUCAUUUGGGGAGUUGAAACAGUCAAGAGUGUAGAAAGAACCAUGACACUUGUUUACAUGCAGUCUGGUUUUUUUUUCCCCAACUCUGUGUAAUAACCUUCUACAUAUAAACAUGCUAUUGCACACAAUAUGAUUGCUACCAUAGUAGGUGCACUUAAGCAUAGAACUCUAGGAAUGUUAAAAGAGCUAAUAAACAAAACUCCUCCCAGUCAGAACAUCAUUAGAAAUGUGCUCCCAGCAAAGAAGGAUCAUUCUCCAGAAAAGUGUAAAACAUGGUACCUGCAGUUGGAAACACUGAACAAAAUCUGUUUUGAAACAUGUUUUGGGUGCAGUUCUUUUCUAGGCAUGCCUCUGUGCAGAAGAUUUUAGCAAUAAGCAGUGUAACCAGAUGCACUUCAAAUUCAGUUAAACAUGGCCGGUCUGUGUGGUUAAGAAGCAUUUUCUUUAACUCUGUCAAAUACUAUCCCACUAAAUUAGUUCUGGGAAUUGAAACCAGUUGUGAUGAUACAGCAGCUGCUGUGGUGGAUGAUACUGGCAAAAUCUUAGGAGAAGCUCUACAUUCUCAAAAUGAAGUCCAUUUAAAAACAGGUGGGAUUAUUCCUCCAGUGGCACAGCAGCUUCACAGGGAAAAUAUUGAGCGAAUAGUAAAAGAAACACUCUGCGUCAGUGGAAUCUCUCUCAAGGAGCUCUCUGCUGUUGCAACUACUGUAAAGCCAGGACUCGCUUUAAGUCUCGGCGUGGGAUUAGAAUAUAGUUUAAAAUUGGUGGACAAGUAUAAAAAACCUUUCAUCCCUAUCCACCACAUGGAGGCACAUGCACUUACAAUUAGGCUGAUAAACCAAGUGGAAUUCCCUUUCUUAGUUCUUUUAAUCUCUGGAGGCCACUGUAUCCUGGUAGUAGCACAAGGAGUUUCAGAUUUUCUUCUGCUUGGACAGUCAGUGGAUAUAGCACCAGGAGACAUGCUUGACAAGGUAGCAAGAAGACUCUCUCUAACAAAGCACCCAGAGUGCUGCAGAAUGAGUGGUGGGAAAGCUAUAGAGCACUUGGCCCAACAGGGAAACAGGCUGCAUUAUGAACUCGGAGCUCCCAUGCGACAUCAUCCUAACUGCAAUUUUUCCUUUUCUGGACUUCACUCCAAUGCCACUAGAAUAAUUAUGCAAAAAGAAAAGGAAGAAGGUAUUUUUCAAAGUAAGAUAUAUACAAAUUGUACACCUGACCUGUGGUUAUAUUUGCAAAAACCCCUUUUGCUCACAAUCUCUUUAGGUUUACAGGAGGGACACCUCCUGUCCUGUGUUACAGACAUUGCUGCUGCAGUACAGCAUGCAGUAGCACUUCAUAUUGCCCAGCGAACACACCGGGCCAUUCUAUUCUGCAUAAAAAGUGGCAUCCUAUCACAACCAAAUGCAACUUUGGUUGUAUCAGGAGGAGUUGCAAGUAAUCAGUAUAUCCGAAGAGCUCUGCAAAUUGUAACAGAUGCAACUAACUUCAAUUUGCUGUGUCCUCCUCCCAGACUCUGUACUGACAAUGGUGUUAUGAUUGCCUGGAAUGGCAUUGAAAGGAUGCGUGCAGGUUUAGGUGUGUUACAUAGCACAGAUGGCAUACGCUAUGAACCAAAAGCUUCUCUUGGAAUUGAUAUCUCAGAACAAGUUGGAGAAGUUUCCAUCAAGGUACCAAGUCUAGAAGUCUCCCUAAAUGAACUUUCAACUAUCAACUUAUAACACAUCCAGUUUGGGAAUUAUUGUUCAUGGCUGUUA